GUGUUUUGUGCAUUUAAAGGAUUAUAAAUUAAAACUUCAAAGAUGUGGAAGGUACCGGUGUUGUUGUUUAUUUUACCUAUGGUUGUGGAUUGCACUCCCGACAACAAAAACGUACAAAUGACAAGAACGUCCAUAAAAGUGGCCAGAAAUCUCGAUCCGGACGCUAUGGAAACUUUGGAAGUAAAAACCCGUACGGGAGACGUGGCGACCAUAAUGGUGAAAAAACGUGACGGCAGACAACAGCAGUUCGCCGCUGUUGAGCGAUCGACGUCCGCGCCGAACUUCGAAUUGAUCUCGUCGAGCAACGAGAAUGCGCCUAGGGUGCCCGAACCAGUGGUCAUACGAUCGGAUUCGGUUUAUGUGAAAAACGAAAAGGACGAGGACAAGAAGUCCAGAAGUCUUUUACACGUGGACGCGGACGGCAUACCCGUGAUCACCGGGGUCCGGGAACCAGAUGACGAGAACGACACGCAGGUGUGGAGGAACGCGCGGGUGAUCAACGGCAUUCUAGUGCCAAAUACGGCUGCGAAACUUGAGCAGCACGCGCCGAACGAUGGGUACGAUCCGCCAAGGGAUGCGUACAACAAGCCGUCGAAGGAUGAGCACAAGGCACCCUCGCCAAUGUUCAAUGGGGUGUGGCAGGUGUACAGGAAAAAACCUGCGGACGCAGAAAAAUCGCGGCUCACCGCUACCGCCGCCGACAGCAACGAAUGGUCGCACAUAACGAAUCAGCGAGAAUCGUACGACGAGAAGUACAUGACGGACAAGAUACUCGGAUAUAUUAAAAACAUUAACGGUGACGUGUUGGCCAACGGUCUUCGCGGUUCCAGGAUGUUGGCGGAGCCGCAGAUGGAGGCUCGUGUGUUACACGCACCCAGCAUGAGUGUUUUCCCGAACGCGGCUGCGUACUCGACGAAGACCGUGCCGAGGCUGUCAUUCGAGGAGAGCGCUAGGACACCUGUGCUGCAGUACGCCCAUCCCGAGUUGGGCGUUCAGGCCGUGGCCAAGUACGAACCACCGACGGCCGAGGAAGUGCAAAGGGACGGCCGCCGUCAGCAAGCGCUCUCGUAUUUCGGACACGACAUCCACGCGGAUAGGAGUCCCUUCGCCUUCGAACCGGGUCUGGAAAAGGAGUCCAGGGUAAAGGUUCCAAAAAAGUACUCACCACAUUACAGUUUUCCCGAGAAACAGGGAAAAUACGCUCCUAACUAUUACGUCAACGACGAAGCGUCCUUUUGGACACUGAUGAAGAACAAAAUGAAAACUAGUUUCGAUAAGAUGUCGGACCUAACCAAGCCGGUAGUUGAUCCACUAGUGGAAGCUACACACAAAAUCACGGGAAAUUUAGGUUUUGGAAACGGAAACCGGGAACUGACCAACGUGGUUAAGGAGAAGCUCGGCAUGGUGGCCACGCCAUCGGUAUUAUUGCCCGCUCUAGGUUUGGUAGCUGGAGGAGCAGCAUUAGGAUUAGGCGCCGUAGCGGUGGGAAGAUAUCUUGAUUACGAUGUUGUAAGGAUGAGGAAUAACGAUGAUAUUAUUGAAUUCCAAAGAUCAUUAAAUGGAUCAUAUGAACCAAUUGUAAUCCAACCUGAACAAGAAGAAAACAAGAAAACCGAAACAAGUAAAGAAGGCGAACCUAUCAAAAAUAGAAAUAGAAGGUCUUUGCAUUAUAAAAAAGGAAAACUCUAUGCAAAUCGGAAAAUAAGCAAAGUUAAACGAACUAUAAAAACUCAUGAUCAUAAACAUUUAUAAUGAUAAUGAAACAAUUAAACAGUUAAAUUAUAUAUUUAUAUUGUGUAAGUUAUUGCAA